AUGUGUGGGUUUGGGGGAAGUUUAGCAGCCAUAGACAAUCUAUCCCAGAUUGGAUCUUCCUAUGGAUACACAACGGUAAGCAUAAGAACUUUCAUGUCGCUUUUAAGCACUUGGAAUUAUCUAGGUCAGGUAGCCUCGGGAUGUGUCUCUGACAUUGUUCUACAAAUGUACAAAUUUCCUCGCCCCCACAUGCUCACUCUGACCCUCCUAGUAUCAUGUGCUGGUCACCUUCUCAUGGCUCUUAAUGUCCCGAACGGACUUUAUGCAGCGUCCAUUAUCAUUGGGUUUUGUUUAGGCGCACAAGCCCCAUUACUGUUUGCAAUAAUUUCAGAGCUUUUUGGGCUAAAAUACUACUCCACUUUGUUCAAUUAUGCGGCAGCGACAAGCCCCCUUGGAUUGUAUUUGCUCAACGUCAAGCUGACUGGGCAUUUCUACGAUAAGGAGGCUGAGAAGCAAAUGGCAGCAUUGGGACUCAAAAGGGAGGCUGGGAGGGAGUUGAAUUGUAGUGGGGGAGAAUGCUACAAGUUAUCCUUCAUUGUCAUUACUGUGGUCAGUCUGUUCAGCGCACUUGCUUCUCUCAUUUUGGUGGUCCGGACUUGGAGCUUUUAUAAGACUGACAUUUAUAAUAGGUUUCAAGAGCAGGCUGAGACUGAGUGA